UUACUUUUAUCGAUAAGCAUUGUUCGCGUAUUUAUCUUAAGAAUGUAGUUCCUCUUGUUUUUCUUUUUGAUUAGAUAUAAGUUUUAUUAUAUUUUCGAAGUAAUGUAUGAUUAGAUAAUUUAAAACCUAGAGAAUCCAUUUCUCUAAUAUUAUCAUGAAAGCUUGACCAAAGUAAGUGAUGUCAUUCUAGGAGUUUUUCCGAGAAAAACGCGUCAUUUUAACUUUAUAAAUAGAGAAACACUAGGACUGCAAUGGCAGUUCCCUCAGAUUCUUGUAAGCGUAACAUUCGUUAAGUUGUAAAAUUUAUUGAAAAAGAAAGAUAAAUUCUAUUUUUUUUAAUCAGUCAAAAUCCCGAAUGUUACUCAUAUUAACUUUGUAAAAAAACAAACCAAGAGGAUUAGAUGAAUCUACACGCAGGAUAAAAAAUCAAAAGAGUGAGAUGAAGAGUUACGUCUGCGCGAUCUUGCUGCUCAUGUGCGAGCUAACUCAAUUUGUUACCCGUGUACAAGGUAACUGCAUGUGGGAAAACAAAUCUUUUUCGCAGGGUACACACACAAUACAUCCAUGUAGGCAAUUAAUUUGUAAUGAAAAUGGUGUUGUAACUGUGAUUCCUUGUCUUCCACAAAUCUGUGGUGAAUCACAUGAAUUCAUUGCCUAUACAGGCGUGGAUGAGAACCAGGAAUACCCAGCUUGUUGUGCACAACCAAUAUGUAAGAGUCGUGAUCCAAACUCAGAGUAUCCUCGUAGAAUAGGAUAUUAUCCAUUUAAUGUAAAUGUUUGAGUGUUACUUCAAUAUUUCUGAAAUGGUGCAGUGUUGUUGCAAUAUUGCUGAAAUAUUGCGUUUUAUUAUGUUCUGUGCUAUAUGGACAAAAUUUACAUAAGAGGAUAUUCUUUAUCUAGAAAUAAUAUUAAUACAGUUAAUAGAAAUAAAAUAAGUACAGUUUUUCUAAAUUC